AUGGAACAAAGUGGUGGUUAUAUUUUUAAUGAUCAUGGUGGUACUACUACUACUACUGAUAUUCCUACUUCUACUACUACUACUACUAAUACUUCACGUGUUAUUCGUAUUAUGGGUUAUGAAUAUCAACGUGAUACGGUUAUUGCAAGAUUAUUUUAUAUCUUUUAUUUUGCUUCAUUUGGUUCAUUAUUCCCCUUGUUGGCUAUUUAUUUCAAGCAACUUGGAAUGAAUGCAUCACAAGUGGGUCUUUUACUUGGUGCAAGACCAUUGGUUGAAUUUGCUGCACGUCCAUUUUGGAGUAGUUUUGCGGUUAAAUUUAAAAAGGGAAAACUACUCCUAGAAUUUUCAUUGGCAUCAUUUAUCAUAUCAACAUUGGCCAUUGGAUUUGUUCAGCCGUUAACAUCGUAUUGUGUGGUAAAACCCGUAAAUGUUACGACAAAAUGUUUAUAUCUUGAACCAGCUGGACAAACUAUACGAGGUGGUGCAUUGGGUUAUCUGCGAAAAGCAACCGGAAUUGGCCGUAAAAAAAGGGAUACAUCUCCAAUCGUUGAAACAAUCAUCGAUCUGAGCUCUUACAACAAAGAUGAUGAUGUUGUACCGGGCCUUUCACCACUUGCUUUAACAAAAAAUAAGGUAUGUAAUUACGAUGAAGAUUUAUAUGGUGUUUUAGUUAGUCCACCGCACAGUACACGAGUUUAUCAUCAGCCAGCCGUGGAACAAGUUUUCCUUCUUCUAUUGCUGCUUGUCAUUUUGGGUGAAUUUUUCAGUUCACCAAGUCUUGCUUUAGCAGAUAGCGUUACACUAACUUAUGUUUCCGAUAAUCCAAAACAGUUUGGUACAAUUCGACUUUUUGGAAGUUUUGGAUGGGGUUUGGCAAUGUUUAUUAUGGGUAUCGGUUUAGAUUAUUCGGAAACUUUCCGGAAUCAUCCAUGUCCAGCAAAGAAUACCACUGAAAAGAAUUAUACGUUAUGCUUUGUUGCAUAUUCACUAUUCAUGCUUGCUGCAAUGCUUGUUGCAACACAAUUUCGCUUUGGUAAUGAGCAACGUCCGGAUGAAGCAGCUUGUACGGUAAUCGAAACACGAAUUGAUGAAAUUGCUCCGGCAGUAGCAGAAAAAGCUCGAGUAAGGCAAUUACAGUUAGAGCAUUCGCAAGAUAAUGCACAAUGGAUUCCAACUAUUAAAGCAUUGUUUCGUGGUCAUGCAGCAUUUUAUCUGUUAACUGUUACAACGAUCGGUAUUGGUGCCGGAAUCAUUUUUACCUUUCUCUUCUGGCAUUUACAGGAUUUUGGUGGUUCACCAACUUUAUUCGGUUUUGCAACGGUAGUUAAUCAUGGAGCAGAAAUUGCUACUCACUUUUACUGUUUUCAACUGAUCAAUAAAUUUGGUCAUGUUAAGUUAAUAAAUAUUUGCCUAUUAGCUAAUGUAAUUCGUUUCUUCAUAAUUAGUUUACUCACAAAUCCAUGGAUGGUACUUCCAUUGCAAGCAUUACAAGGUUUAACCCUAGCAACAACAUGGGCAUCUGCAUCAUCAUACAUUUCAUUAAUUGCACCAUCACAAUUAAAAACAACAGCGCAAACUCUUCUAAUGAUUUUAUAUCAUGGAAUCGGAAAGGGAUUUGGAAGUAUUAUUGGAGGUUGCAUUAUUAAAUUUGCGGGCACACGGUUAACAUUCCAGAUUUAUUCCAUUAUUGCAAUACUCAUAUUGGGUUUACAUUAUGGAAUGAAUCGAUUAUUUAAAUAUGACGAUAUCAAGUACAGUCAUGAAUUUGACGAUGAUGAUGACAAUAUACUUGUUGCACCUCAAGGAUUACCGUUACAUUAUGGUGAAAGUAAAUUAACUGAUGCUUUCAACCAAACAUCUGUUAUAAAUACAAAUUAUGGUACAAUCGAAACUAAAGAUCCAACCCAGGAAGCAUAUGAUCGUUACGUCAAAUUACCACCGGUGAAUAAUAUGUAA